CAUUGGUUUUUAAGUUUAAAACCUAUUUUUUUAAAUUUAAUUUAAAAACUUUAUUUUUCGUUGAAUUGUUUACAAUAGUUUUAUAAAAAAAUAUAAACUAAUUAAAAUCAACACAUUAAACUGUAUGAGACAAUACACACAAACAUUUAUAUCGUGAGUUAUAUAGAAUUUUUUUUUUUCAAGUUACAGUUUGUAUAUAUGUAUGCAUAUAAAGGUAUAUUACAAUUCUGGAAAUAAUAAAUGACAACAAAUUAAUUUUUUUCACGUAAAAUUUUAAACAUAAAAAACAAAAAACCACAAUAAAUCAAAAUAGAAAAAAUUUAAAAAAAUGAAUUCUUUUUGACAAAUUUUACAACGCCGCUUUAAAAUUCUAUUUUUGAACAUCUUUCGAAGAUUUUGUUUUUUAAUUGUUGUUUCAGAAAUACAAACAGCUGUGUUAUUACAAAACCAACACCACCUGAACAUUUGAGGGCAAUACAAUCAAGCUCACAUAUGUCUCAGGUUAAAAUCAAAGAAAAUGUCUCAAUAUCUAAAUAUCUCAACAAUGCACAAUCCAAACCAUCCGAGAGCCAGUCUGGUGUAUUACAACCGGAUGUUUUGUCAAGUCAAUUAAAAACUAUUGUUGAAACACCAGCGCAUGUGUUAACUUCGAUCAACUCAACUGUUCUUUUGGAGAGGUUAAUUACAACGCUUGAAGAGAUAAAAGAAAAUCAAAAGACUCAUUCUGUAAUGUUACAGUCUAUAAUGAGACAAAUAAAUACACCUCAGAUGGAAAAAGAUAAUGAAUUGCCUAUAGGCAUUCACCUUCCCAUUUCCAGUAUCGAAGAUAUGAAUAAUUUGGAGGAGCAACUAAAAGAUCGAUCAAUCAAGAGAACAUUGACUUCUAUUGUGUCUAAUAUUGGUGGAAGCUCAUUGGAUGAUGCCAUCAAAAGAAUGAUGAAAUUUAUUCUGUCUAAUAAUCUUGGAAGACUGUGCAAUCUCUCUGGGCAGGCUGGAAAAGUAUGUUUUUCGAAACUGGAAAUAUUUGAAGUAGUCUGUGGUGCAGUUAAAAGAAAUGCAUUGACCGCUAAUGCUACCCAAAAGGAGAUUGAGAUCGAGUUGCGCAAAUGGUUUGCCAACGCCCGAGAUCGAGGGCAAGGCAACCGGAAAUCAAAAGUAUCUGCAUCAGAUAAUACUGAUUUGUUUUAAUCAGAAAUAUAGUUAAACUUAAAAAAUAUUAGACUA